CCCCAUCUCGGUUCCUCCUAUGCUCGCUCCACGGGCUAGGUGUUGGAUCAACGCCGCUACUACAUCGACCUUCUAAUAAUUUAUUAUACGACCCCCUUCCCGGUGAACAAACACCGGGGGCCGCCCGCGCGGGCGGCCGGGCAUCGCAAAAAUCGAGAUGCAGUACCUUUGCGACCUGUUUUCUCGAUUCCAAGGGGUUGCAGCUCCGCGCAGCCGCUGCGCGGCCUGUUGGCGGCCGAGGACGUCGAUUUCGAGGAUCAAAAGUGAGAUUUUCGAGCGCCCGAAAAUCCCUCACCGCCCCGCCCGACAAUCGCGACAACCGACACCAACGACAACAACAAGCUGCAACAAGUUUGCAAGAUUAGGGGGAUACUGGGAAGGCACACGGGCGGCCGGCUCUCCUGCAAGGCGCUUUGCCCUCUUGACAAACAGCACACUACAAGAGGAGGAACUACAAUGGUGGAUCAGGGCUGGUUAGUGGCAGUGCGACCGAGGGAGCUGCGCCGGUGUGGCAGCUCUUUCGACGGCCUGCU